UCUGUUUGCCCCUGCCCUGGGGGAAAAGACUUUGAGAAGAUGGAGAACCAAAGGGGAGAACUUUUGGGAUACAUCCACUGGGAAGGAGAAGAGGAAAGGGAUGAGGAGGAUGAGGUGGCUCCUGGUGCUUCUCCUUCCAGUCAGAUGAGUGAAUUAGAAGAUGUGCAGGUGGAGAUGCUUGAGAAGGCAAGGGAGCUCUUCCAGCUGUGUGACAAGGACGAGAAGGGUUUUAUCACCAAGGUGGACAUGCAGCGGCUCCAGAGUGAACUCCCCUUAACCCUUGAACAGCUGGAGACUGUUUUUGACAGCUUGGAACAGAACAAUAAUGGAUACCUGACACCUGUGGAGUUCAGCAUGGGACUAGGAAAGUUAAUAGGCAUUGAAUUGUGUCAAGGGACUGGGAGAAUGGAUCACUCCAGACAGGAAGAGACCUUUGAGUCAGGCUGGUCAGAUGACUUGGAGCUGGCAGAUGAUGAAGAGAAACGAUUCUGUUCCAUGAUGGAGCAGCUCGGAGCAGCCCACAUGUUUGAAGAUCCACGUGAGGUUCAGGACUUCUGGACUCGGCUACGAAAGGAGCGUCCAGAGCUGCUGGCCAAUUUUGAAGAGUUUCUGUUGCGUGUUUCAUCAUACGUAAGGGAGGUGAAUCAUGAGAAGGAGUCUAUGGAACAGGCAUUGAAACGGAAGGAAACAGACCAUGACCGAGAAGUCCGGUGCCUUUAUGAAGAAAUGGAGCAACAGAUCAAAGCAGAAAGAGAGAGGCUGCUCUGCCAGGAAGCACUAAGACAUGAUAGGAGUAACCUGCUCCAGAAGGAACUGCACAGCAAAGAGCAGGAGCUGGAGAAAAUCCUCUGCUGCCAGAAGAAG